AUGAAGCUGCUGCUGCUGUGUCUGGGGCUGACCCUGGUCUGUGCCCACCAUGAAGAGAACCAUGACGUUGUGACAAGCAACUUUGACAUGUCAAAGAUUUCAGGGGAGUGGCAUAGCACUCUCUUGGCCUCAGACGUGAAGGAAAAGAUUGAAGAACAAGGCAGCUUGAGAAUGUUUGUGGAAUCUAUCCAGGCCUUGGAUAACUCUUCUCUGUUAAUUAGAUGUCAUAAAAAGAUCAAUGGAGAGUGUGCUGAACUGACUUUCAUUUGUGAUGAAACAGAAGAGGAAGGUGUAUAUAGUGCUAUCUUUGAUGGAUACAACGAGUUUCACAUAGUUGAAGCAGACUACAAUGACUAUCUUAUCUUGUAUGCCAUGAAUUCCAAUAAACAGAAAAAAACCCAAGUGAUGGUGCUCCUAGCCCGAAAACCAGAUGUGAGUCCACAAAUCAAGAAAAGGUUUGAGGAACUUUGCAAAGACCGUGGAAUCCCGAAGGAAAACAUUCUGGACUUGACCAAUGUCUACCCCUGUUCCCAUGCCCGAGGGAAUCCCGGAGCCCAGGCCUCCAGUGGCCAGUGAGUGCUUCCUUCCAUGGUCCCCAUAUCAUCCUGUGAGAAGUUCUGUGACCUGAUUUCCAGCACUGUCCUCCAGGAAGGCAUUAUCUCUGAAUCUUCAGCAUCUUCUCAACGUGUCUAGAAAGGACUCAUCAACUCACCAAGAACCAAAGGUUUUCUCCAAAUUUCCAACCUCUUAUGCCAUACCUGGGAGAACUCUACCAUGAACAACACU